ACAGAUGGUAGGUUGCCCUGAAAUUGAGAGUUCUGCUGCAACCAUUUGUGACCCCGUUUCACCAUCCUUCCCCCAAUUUGCAGACUUCACAGAGACCCAAACCACUUCGCAGCCAGUUGAUACAGCUGAAAGCAGCCCAUCUGAGGACGUCUUGGAAGCAGGACAGGAAGCCCCUGUUGACGUCACCGGGGACCCCGCCCCUCAGGAUGCUUUGGAGAUUGACCUGGCCAUUUCCGUGUCCGAGAUUUCCAUUCAAGAGAAGGUCAAGGAACUAAAUCCUAAGGAAGAAAGAAGAAAGUGGGAAGAAGGACGAAUCGACUACAUGGGGAAAGACGCGUUUGCCCGCAUUCAGGAGAAGCUGGAUCGGUUUUUGCAGUAAUCACAGUCGUCGCGUGUGUGUGUGUGGUUAGAAAAUGUCUCGUUUCUGUGGUCCUGUCGUGUGAAAAUCUCCUCUACUCUACUACUUUUCAAGGGAAAAGCCUGUUCCAUAAUGUGCCUCUAUUUAUGGUUGUCACAUUUGAGUGCCUAACAGACAUCCUGUAGAAAAUAAAACUCCAGCUUGAAGCCCUGCGGAUCCAAACUACAAAUGAGUUGUGUGUAGGCUUUCCUGAGAGCUCAGUUCUCCCUUGGUCUUAUCGGUAAAAGUUGCAGAAAGACACUUCUCUUGUUGAAAGUGGUCUCUGCUCUUACUAGAAGGGACUCAAACUCUGCCUUAUACAGGUGCUACGUAUAUAUCCUUGUGUAGUUCAACACUCUGCUGCAAAUUUUCUUCUGUCACCAAGCUAAUCACACUAAUAUAUGUGUUCUGUACCUUGGGAAUCUCAGAAAAUUAAACAAUCUGUAUUCCUAUCCUCCAGAGCUCAUUAGUCAUUGAGACAUCUUGACUUUGACUCCAUGUAGACGUUUAUGAAGCGAUUCUGACUCACUCCACGACUGGAGUUUUGAAGUCUAGCAGGAUGUCACGGUGCCUUUGAUGGGAACUCAAUUGGGGAAUUGACAGAUAUUUGGAAGUAAUAUUUUGACUGGUUUGGGGAUGUAACCUCUUCUAAACCAAUUGACUUUUGGUUUAGAAGAACCAAGGGUUUGCUCCACAUGAUUUCUAGCAGCUCAUUCAUGAUAACAGAAUCUGGAGAAACUCUUUGUUUAAAGAUAUGUCCAUUUGCAUUUGGCUAUGUCCAGUAUGCCCCCUCUGUACCUCACUACCUCAGUUUUCAAUAAUUUAUUGACUCACUGUGCACUCUAAGCCAUUUCAACACAACUCUUUGGGGAGAAUUCUCAGUUUUAUGAGACACAGGAAAGUCUCAUCUUCAGGAGUAUCCUACUUUUAUGAAUUGAUACAGUAUGCUGUAACAUCUCAGUGGCUCACUGAUUGUGGCCACACCAAUUAUAAUUGAAGGUGAAAAUCAUAGUAAUAAAGAGAUGGAAAUGUGAUGUUUGAAA